AUGGCUCAAGCCCCUCCAACGCUCGGGCGAAAAUCAUCGGCCCCAUGGGACAGGCUACGACCAGUAAAGCAAGAUCCUUUGGAGGCCAUGGGAUUCGUCUCCAAGGGCGAUAACAGGCUACUUGAGGUCAAAACCCAGCAGAGCUUCUACAACAAGAUUGUUGCUCGCUACAUGCAAUUCUGUGCACAGCACUCCAAGGACCUGGACAGUGCGUUUGCGUCUUUAACUCUUGAUGAGGGCCAGUCGCCGGCCUUGGAUCCCUUGAAGAAAUCCACUGGAAAGCCGACCAAUCCUCAACCUGCACAAGCUCAAGGCUCAUCGCAACCAGACUACAUUGUCCCUACGAACACUCGAUCGCCAAAUGUCGCGUCGCCUCUGCCAGCAUCGGAGCUCUCGAUCAUUCUUCUAGCAUUGCGAAAACUACGCGAGGGUCUGCUUGCCAGUUCUGCGUCCGCACCAAAUCCCGUCUUUUCUCAACGAGUACAUGUGUUCAACAUCCGAGUCGCCAUCCUAGCGCUUCAUCCGGAGGGCUACCAUCCUUCGUUGAUGCAUCUACUGUCCGUCCUGCACACGUCUGAGCAUCCGCUACCGCGAUCCGAGUUAGUUGAGAUGACGACCUACUUGAUCCUUGACAUGGCUAUCCGGCAGCAUGAUCUCUACCAAGCGUAUGCCUUGAGGUACAAUAGCCGUGUCCGCUUUGGGUACAAGAGUCGAGUUGUCGACAGCAUAUUGAAAUCGAUCGUCAUAGGAGAUUGGGUCACGUUCUGGCGUGUUCGACAGAAGGUUGAUGGCUAUGUACGAGCGAUCCUUUAUUGGCACCUCGAGACUCAGCGCAAGAUGGUCCUCAAAACCAUCGGUCGAGCCUACUAUGCUUGCGACGUGGACUGGAUCCUACAGAGCGCCACCGGCGGCCAACAGAGCUGGGACGAACUAGUCAAGGAAGAAGAUGUUGGCUGGAUGCGAGAAGGGGAUAAGGUCGUGAUCCGGAAGCCGAAGGCCAAGACCAGCUAA